AUGACAACUCAAGAGGAUAAAAUAGGGGUGUUUCAAAGGACAAGUCUUUGGACCAUGUCAAUAGAGGGCCUGGAAGAAAAAGUCAAGGAGUUCCUGGACACAACCACUUUGUAUGCCCAGAGCUUAGCGCUGCGUUGGGCACACAGCAGGUGCUCAAUGAGUAUUUGCUGAGCAACUGAAUGCAUCGUGGCAGCAGCACUAAGAUGCCACGGGGCCACAAGGGAGCCUGGGAGAUCAGAGGAAAGCUUCUGGACUCCUGCCACGCCUUACAUUAGCAGCGUCUUCUCUGAGUCCCGGCAGCCAGCCCCUUGGGAUGCCAUUUGA